AUGAAUAUUUUUGGGAGUCUUUUCCGUCCCUCGCAUGAGGACUGCUUGAGGCGACUGUUUGACUACCCCGUGUUUAUUUGGCAAAUCCCGUGUGGCAGCAGCUCCAUAGACAGCAGGGGUAGCCUUGUGCUCAGUAGCAGCACGGCGAGGAACAUCCGUGUCAACUGUCGCACACUGGAAAAGACUUACAACAGCAAUUUUGCCAUUUUGAAUUUCUCGCCUCUAAUGAUGGACCUUGAGGAUGCCUGCCUGCAGGGCGAGCUGAUGGAUUUCUCCAAGCAGCCACUGGAGGACUUCAGACUGCUGAUGGAGCUUUGCAUCAUCAUCAUGAAGUGGACGCAGACCCCCAGCAAGAGUGGCCACGUUGUGGUGUUGGCCUUUCUUGAGGAAAGCUCCUGCAUCACAUACCCAAGCUACGCCGCCAUGAUCGCAACGUGCUACCACAUCUUUGCUGGAUGCCCAUCGGACGGCGGGAGCUACACGCUGGGGUUCGUGGAGGAAAUGCUGGGCAUUCGCCGAAGCAGGUACCACGCGGCAUCACAGGAAACUUACGUGAACUACUUCCAGCUCCUGCUUGACGUGCCCAUCUUGCCGAGUGUCCACUUGCGCCGAACGUGGCUGACAGCUGUGUCACUGCACGAAAUAGCCUCCCUCAGGGGCAUGCAGCUUGGCCUGCGCGUCGAGAAUGAGGGCAAGACACAUACCUUCAGCGACCUCACUGCGUGGGAGGCGAAGGAUGACGACAACACCUUGCAGAUUUCCCUUCACCCGAAGCAGUGCGUGUUUGGGGACUUCAUCAUUUCGCUGCUGCACUACGAGCUGCCGUCGCACGCGCCUCCGGGGCAGCCGGAGCCCUCGUUGAAGCCCCGCGUGCUUGCUCGGUGGGCAUUCAGCACCAUCUUCGUUUCUCGGGACACUUACCACGUUCGUGUACAGGACAUGGACUACGCUGAACAGAACCACUUGCCAUGUGACGCCUACAUGCAGCUGCACUUUGUUGAGGGAGAGGCAGAGGCGGAGGACGCCACGUACGUUGAACAUCUGACGCGGCGCAUCGAUCAGUCUCCCAGGCGGCAUGUGGCGCUGCUGCAGUCCGGGCCUUUGCUGCCGUCGGACCGCCGCCGCAACGUCUCCAGCUGCUGCGGGGAUGACGAACUUGUGGGUGGUGUGUACUACCGCGCCAACGGGACGAGCCUUUGCGGCUCUCACAGUCAUGGAGGCGGCGAUGGGCGCUCCUUUUUGCGCGGGGUGUUGCCCCUCCGUAUUAUGGAAGAGGAGGAGCGUCAUUACAGGGACGAUGAUGAGCUGGCGCCCUUUCUCAAAGACCCGCAGCCGGUGCGCCACCACGACCCCUCGCAGCUUCCCACCGACCAUCAAAUCACUGCACCAGCGUCAUUGAUCUUGGCACACUCAACACCGAGCAGGUCGUGGCGACGUAGGGAAAGGCGACGACGACUACGUAGCAUUCAGCACAGCUCUACGGUAUGUGAGAGCAACGGCAAGGCAUCAGCCGCUCUUUUUUGUCUUGCGAAGGACUUUCCGCCGGUGAUGCCGGCGGCAACGCCUGACGGGGGU